GCAGUAGUUUUUAAGGAAGAAUUUUCACACAUGAUUUUUAUUGUUUACACGAAAAGUUUUUUUUUGAAAAAAAAAAUCAAUUACGAUGACUGACCAGCAACAACAACAACAACAACAAUCAUCACCAACUAAAUUAACCACCGAAAUAAUGGAAUCAAGAUCAGAUUUUACGAUAAACACUGACAAUUGGCCCGAAUAUAAACGUAAUGUACUUGGACUACUUUACCUAGAUGAUUUUGAUGGUGAAAUUGAUGAAAUAAAUGAAUCAAAUCAAUUGAUUGAAUUACCAUUACAAUUGGGUAAUAUUGAUCCAAAUAAACAACCACAAUAUCAAUGUAUUAAAUGUGGUAAAAUACAAACAAAUGAAUUACAAACAAACGAUAUUCAUCGUAUGAAAUGUUUACGUUGUUAUAAUAAAGCUUUCAAUAAAAUCCGAUCAACUAAAUGGAUUAAAUUUCAUGCUUAUUAA